GAGACUCUUCGCUGCUCGCCGUCACAUCCUGCACCAUUUUCCACUUUCCCAUCACGCCCGUCAAGUCACUCGAAACGGCUAAAGCGGCAAUUUUUGACAGCUGAACAACCGAAAGGAGGCCAGAGGGAGCAUAGCCCCGCAGUUCGCCAUGGCCGAUGCAGAGAUUGACCUCAGCAACGGCGACGUCUGGGACGACUCAGCCCUGAUCGACUCGUGGAACCAGGCGCUCGACGAAUACAAGAAAUACCACAGCAUCUACGCCGGCAAGAGUAAGGGCUUGCAGCCAUCAUCGCCGUCGCAUCAGCCUCCAGCUGCUUCCACAGCUUCCGCCCCAGGACCUGAGGCAGCCGACGUUCCAGAAUCCCAAAAACUGGAUGCCAAGACUGAAACAAACAAGGUCCCACCGGUUCCGGGCACUCGCGAAACAUCGGCCGGCAAGGAAACCACCGGUAGUGUUGCAGACCCCAACGGUGUUGCCAACGCCAGGAUAGCUCCGCCGCCCGAAGCCCUUAUUGGUUCUGUCCAAGAUGAGGGCCUCAAACCCAUGUUGAUGGCUUGGUAUUACGCUGGCUACUACACCGGCCUUUACGAGGGACAGCAAAAGGCACCGGCUCAACAGGAGCAGUGACAGAGAAACAGUCUGUCGAGGGACCGUGAAGGUCGUUCUAUUAGAGAGAAGCAUCUCGCUUCCGGGCCAAGAGCGGUCCCCACAGGUGAGGGCAUCAGCUAUUUUCUUGGCUGUUUCUUUGUGAUUGUGGAAAGUAGGGCACGGUGCAAGUACCAUUAAAACCAGGAAGGUAGUCAAGAACAAAUGUCACAAAUCGACCGAAAUAAAGAAAAGGAUAGACUAGCCAAGCUUCGGGGCCGUGUCAGUGGGCAGCAGCG